AUGAACGGUGUCGUUGCUCUUUUCACCGCCCUGGUCGGUGCUGCCGCCCUCUGCGGUGUCAACGCUAAGGAGAAGUCCCUCAGGAGGCACCCCGCCCUCACCAGGCAGCCGAACUACUUCGCUGUCGACAUUGACGGUACCUUCGCCACCCCCCAGAAGGCUGCCAUGAAGAAGAACAUCGCUGCCUUCCGCAUGGCCUUGAACGCUGGCCACACCCUCUUCUUCUGCACUGGCCGCAGCCCCGGCUCUGCCCGCAACUUGUUCGGUGCUGAUGCCUACCGCGCCAUGGGCUACAACGGUAACCCCGGUGUCUACCUUGACGGUGCCCUCACCUACGACGACCAGGGCCGCAUCAUUGACGAGCGCCCAUUGACCCCCGAGUUCCUUGAGCAGGUCGCCAUGGCCACCAAGGACGAGUGCAACAAGUUCAUGCCCGUCUUCCAGACCGCCGACGAGGUCCUGACCAUCUGCAAGUUCAGCGAGAAGGCCCAGGCCGUCUUCAAGGCUUACCUUUCCACCAACAAGAUCCCCAUCAUCAGCGUUGAGGAGCUCAAGAAGCGCCGUGUGUACAACGUCAUUGUCAACAACGUGAACGAGGUCUUCAACUCCAUCUUCAGCCAGAACGCUGAGGAAGGUUCUGAGGUCAGCAGCGUCGAGGGUACCUACGACCCCAGCAGCAACUACAGCCUGCUUCCCCUCCCCCACGGAUUCACCCAGGUUUCUGACAUCAACGCCUCCAAGGCCGACUCCAUCAGGGCCCUCUUGGCUUACUACGGUGCUGAGCCCAGCGACUGUGGUUCCAUUGGUGACGGUUUGAACGACAUUGACAUGUUGGAGUCCACCACUCCUUCCAUUGCCGUCGGUAACGCCGUCCCCGCUGCCAUUGCCGCCGCCCACAUCACCCUUGAGGAGACCUGCGACGAGGCCGCUUUCGCCAAGGCCAUGCAGAAGGUCUACGGUAUCAAGAUUUAA